CUUGAUGUCUGGUGCGCAGGCGCGGAUGUUUGUGUAGCGCGAGUUGAUGUUUUUGUUGUUCUAAUCUUCUGAAUAUGGCUUCGUAGUUCUUUUGACAAGGCGUAGGGAAAGCCCCCCCAAUUUAUUUCAGCUUGCCUUCAAGCAUCGCUGCAAGAUCUGCGCUACACACACCGUGACACAGCCGAGGAAAUGCGGACUUCUAGCCCUUUCGCUACGGGUUAAAUGGCUGCAGCACCCACACCGUAGCAAGCUGAUCCAGUGAGUUGCUUAGAUUGACCAGUGAUGGCCUAAGAGGAACAAUAGAAGACCCAGAGGUUUCUACUCAGCAGAACCACAGUGUCAGAACGGUCCAGCAGUAUGCUCGCAGUCCACGGUGAAGACCUGUCACAAUGGCUCAGGCCGGAUGGGAACAGGCUUACUCCGUGAUGAGAGAGGAUCUAUGUUUACCUACAUCCUCUAUGCUGCUCUGGGGCACCUUUUAAUUAUGUCUUAUUUGAUCCUCUUGAAUGACUUUUGGCCUGCUCAUAAAAAAGGUACUCCAUUAGAUGUUCCCUUGUCCCAGGCAUCUCUGCGGCACUGUGGCUAGCCUCAUGAGGCUGUGUGGCACACUGCUCCCAGAGGCAUUCCCUGUGUGUCUGUAAGGCCUCCUCCCCACUCUAUGGAAGCGGAGCACAGCCAUCCUGCUGAUGGUGAGCGAUCCGGAAGGAAACAGCAGCCUCUGUCUGCUGAGGCCGCUGAGUCCCCCACAGGGUCCCGUCCACCUCAGCCACAGCAGCCGCCAUCCAACCCCUGCCCUGUCCACGUUGGCCAGGGACGCCUCCACCACCGCAAGCCCAAGCGUAGCGACCUGCUUCUCAGGCUUCAGCAUCAGCACAAGACACAAGCAGCAGCAUGGCAGCUCUCAACAGACACCCCAGGUCCUUCAGGAGGCAGCAUCUCCUCCCCCUCCCCCUCCACCUCAUCCCUACAAUCCUCCUCUACCCAAGGCCACAAAACUCAGGGGGUCCAGUCCCAGCCCAGUCAGGAAGCCCCAGAGGACAGCCUGUCUAAAAGAGGUGAGAGGAAGCCCCAGAAACCGGGGAAGUAUGUGUGCACUUACUGCGGCCGUCCAUGUGCCAAACCCAGCGUUCUCCAGAAACACAUCCGCUCUCACACAGGGGAGAGGCCUUACCCCUGCGUCCCCUGUGGCUUCGCCUUCAAGACCAAGAGUAACCUGUACAAGCACCGCAAGUCCCACGCCCACCGAAUCAAGGCAGGCCUGGCGUCCAGCCAGGACGAGCUGAGCCUGAGCGGACCUGUGAUGAGCGCCCCGGGAGAGGAUCCCGAGGAGCCUACAGAGGGGGAGAGCACAGACUCUGAGGAGGAGUCGGGUCAGUACAGGAAGGAGAGGUUGAGCAAGCAGAAGAGUAGCAGCAGUUUGGCACUGUUAGAGCAAGCGGAGGGCCAGAGGUCUGACAACUCCCAGGCCGUGAAGCAGAGACUGGCCAUGAGGCUGAGUGAGAGGAAGCGUGGCCCCAUGGGCUCCCCAGAAGACCCUCCCUCCUCCUCCACCUCCUCCUCACUGGGCCCCAGCAGUAAAGGCAGCCAAGAGUCAGGCUACUUCUCCCUUUCGAGGAGCACUGAGAUGAGCCGAGCUGACUCCCAGGUGAGCCCUCCCACCGCCAAAACGUAUGCCGAGAUCAUCUUGGGCAAGUAUGGACGGCUUGGAGGGCAGCGCGGUCCCCAUCAGCAGCACGCCCACUCUUCUUCACCAGGGAUGGAGGAGAAGAGCAGCAUGCCCUUUAGCGUGCCCAAGACGCAGGUCAUCGAGCACAUCACCAAACUCAUCACCAUUAACGAGGCGGUAGUGGACACCAGCGAGAUCGACAGCGUCAAGCCCAGGCGCUCCUCACUCUCCAGGAAGAGUAGUCUGGAGUUACCCAAGUUCUCCUGCCCCAAAGACCCCUAUAUGUUUGAGCCUAAGGGAGAAAGCCCAGGCCUCAGUAUGGCAGGCCAAUCAUUCUUUCCCCAUGUCCAAGACGUGGACCCAUCUGGGGUCCAGAAGUCUUCCUCCUCAGUGCCUCUGCUGAGAAGCCACUCAAUGCCCACCUCAGCAGGCCAGGGAAACCACUCCACCACCUCUCCCUGGGGCUUCUGUCGUCUGAGCCACUCCGUUGAUGAACAGCAGGCCGUGGUGGCUGAGAUGAGGGUGGGCGGGCAGCACCGUUUGCUGAGGCGCCAGCCCGCCAUCGAGAUGCCCGUCGGGGCUGAACUCAGCCUGGAGGAGGCUGGCCCCUCCUACACAGUAACAGAAAGUGGCCUAACCAGGAAGCAUCAACAGCAGCAACGCAAAUGUCCAAGGCUCUAUGAGUGCAAGGCCUGCGGAGUCCGCUGUAAACAAAGAGAGAGUUACGAGGCCCACAAGGGUCUUUGCACAGGCCAGCCAAUAAAGGAGCUGGAGAGAGGAAAGGUGGAUGGGGCAUGCCGGGAUGACCGUCCCCAGAUGAUGCACUAUAAAUUCCGGGCACUGGCCAUGGCAGUGAGGAAGAGGAGGAAAGAGGAGAGUCUGGAGGAGGAUCCUCCUAGCCCCGGGCCUACAGCUGUUGUGACCUGCAGCCACGCAUUCACCACUGCAGUGCCAAGCCUGGUGGAGCACAGUGAGGCCUUUUCAGGUGCUCUCUCACAGGCUGAGCAGCAGCAGCAAGACAGGAAGGGCAUCUCUGUCAUCCAGCACACCAGCUCCUUCGAGAAGCAGGAAAGUAUGUCCAUGGAGAGCCAGGAGUCUAUGGGGCUCAGAGAGAGCCAGUCAACACUGCAAAAACAGCCACAGCCAAAAUCAUCACCCUCCAUGUCCCGCCUGGUCCGUCAGCACAACAUCCAAGUGCCAGAGAUCCUAGUGACGGUGGAGCCUGACGCUGAUAUGGUGUCAGUGUCACCCACGGUGACGGCAUCCUCGUCCAAGGAGCCAGAGAGAGUGGUGGAGGAGUUCCAGUGGCCUCAGCGUAGCCAGAGUAUGGCUCAGCUCCCCGCCGAGAAGCUGCCACCAAAGAAGAAGCGUCUCCGUCUAGCCGAGGCUGCUGAACAGUCUUCCGGGGAGUCCAGCUUUGAGUCGGUAUCGCUGGGGCCCCGGAGCCCCAGCCAGGAGAGCAACAUUUCCCACUCACCCAGCCAAUCUGCCUCCUUUGAAGACAUGGGGGGAAAACCUGCUGAGCCUUUCCCCUGGGGCUCCAGCUGCACCCAGGGCUCCCACAUGCUAGCCGUGCCCUCGGGCCCCCACCAACAAUAUCAACCCCUUAGAGAGAUGCGGCGCUCAGCCUCAGAGCAGGCCCCUGCCAGCCCACAGCAUACGGACAAGGUUGUGGAGACGAGGAGCAAAUCCUUUGACUAUGGGUCCCUAUCGCCGCAGCAGUCUGCAUCAGCCUGGAGGGAGAGGAGGAAGUGCCUACUGGUGAAGCAUGCCACCCUGGGCGAGCCAGACCACGAGGAAGGGGCCGUGGCCAGCCACUCGGGCAGACCAGGGAGCCCCAAGCCGAGCCCGUCCUACACCAGCCACCUUGCCCUCCACCCAGCUGAAGCCAGCACCUCGAGGCUCAGCCCAGAGGCCAUAGGGAAGACUGUGCAGCUGUUCCACCAGCCCCGGAUACCCCCAUUCCCCAUGCAACCAACCGGGCAUGAUCGGUUCCCUCUUGGCCAGAUAGCCCAGCUCCACCCUGUCACCACUGCCAUCUCAGAUGUCCUCUCCACCCACAUCAUUCACAGAACCUUCUUACACAAACACCCUUCUCCUCCAACCAUACAAGUCCACCCAGGGCAGCUUCAUGUGGCAGAAUGCUUAGGCCUGCCCCUCCAUCCUUUCUCAGCUCUGCUCUCCCUGCAGAACCCCACCGGGGCUGGCGAGACUGUGUACCUCCCUGUCUCCCCUGGGCUCACCAUCCAAGUCCCCACACAGCCCCCCAUACCCUCCACUGUGGUUCUCCCUUCCCCAUCUCUUCAGUCCUUAGUCCCCCUACCCUGCCUCUAUCCCCCGCCUGUCAUCGCAACGUGCCUGGCGCAGCUGACGCCAGUCGUGUCACUGGUGGUUCCAGUGCGCCUCCAGACCCACAUGACCACCUAUGCCAGUGCCCUGUACACCACCCUAUCCCAGAUCUUGGCAUCAGCCCGCUCCCAGGAGCCCAUCUGCUGCAUGGCCAUGGUUAUCAUGGGCCAGCUGGAGCAGGACAAGCUGCAGAGGUCCUAUCUGAAGAUCCCCACCCCGGACUUCAAGAGCUACCUGCCCCUGUCUCUGCCCCUGGAGCUGGGCUCUGUGUCCAGGGAGGGCUACAGGCCACUGGGGCCUGGAGGGAGCAAACGCAUGCUCUCCCCUGCAGCCAGUCUGGAGCUUAGCACAGAGGCCCAGCGCCAGCAGAAACGAGUGAAGGAGGAAGAGGAGGAGGAAGAGAAGGUGCGAGAGGAAGAGGAAAAUAGGGGUACGGGGGGAGAACCUGAAGCAGGGGAGGAUGAAGAGAAAGAGCCGGAGAGGGCACAGAUAGGAGUAGUUACUGUGAAAGUCGAGGAGGAAGAGAAGGUACGAGACCCAGAGGGGCACAGGGAAGAGAGGGAGAUGCAAGGGAAGGCUGAACCUAAGAAAGAAAAGGUGUGGGAGGAGAAUGCGAGCCAGGGAGUGAGUGCUUCCUUUGUACCCCAGAGUCCAGAGCGAGCCAAAGCCCCCUCGUAUACCAGCCUUCACACAACCACCUCAGUCAGCUGGUGCUACUUGAACUACGUGAAGCCCAACCCGUCUGCUCAGAGGGAGUCACAAACCUCCGUUUACACCUCCUGGAGCGUCAGCAUGCACAACCCCAACCUGCCAGGCCUGUCCACCAAGCUGGCCCUGUCCCUGCUGAGCUCCAAGCAGAAGCACAGCUCAGAGACAUACACCAUGGCCACAGCUCUAACCCCUGCUACAGGCAAGGUGGUCUCUGCCAGCAGCAGAAAGACCUACAUUUCAGAGGUACAUGCUAUCCCACCCAGCACCCCCGUCGAAGUGAAGGAGCCACCACAGCAGCCUGAGAAGAAGGGGAAGAGAGAAGAGCAAGGGCCCUCCACCUCCAAACAGAGCGAACCUCUCCGCGUCCAAAUCUUCGAGGGCGGGUAUAAGUCUAAUGAGGAGUAUGUGUAUGUGCGGGGUCGCGGAAGAGGAAAGUACGUGUGCGGAGAGUGUGGGAUCCGCUGUAAGAAGCCCAGCAUGCUAAGGAAGCACAUUCGGACACACACGGAUCUCCGGCCCUACAUCUGCAAACACUGCAACUUCGCCUUCAAAACCAAAGGGAACCUUACCAAGCACAUGAAGUCCAAGGCUCAUGGGAAGAAGUGCCAGUCAAUGGAAACGUCUGGGUCUUCACUGGACGAGCCAGAGACCGAGGAAGCAGGAGGUAUUGAAGAGCAUUUGUCUGGCUCCGAGGACCAGGAUGAGCACCAGUUCUCUGACGUGGAUGAUUCAGAGGAGGACGAUGAUGAGGAAGAAGAAGAGUCCUCAUCUCACGAUGAGCCGCCCUCAACCUGCUCCUCCAACUGCAGUCUGUCUGCAAGUGGGCACUCCAGCAGCAAAAGACAGUCCCAGCAGGGCACGCCUGACCCCUCAGCCCCAGAACCCCAGCCAGAUUCCAGCCCCUGUCCCAGCCAGGAGCUCUCUCCCACCCGCAGACUGUGGCCCAGCGGGCAUGCUUCCUCUCCAAAAAGCCGGAGAGCACUGUUCUCCCGCCGGGGCUGGGAUGCCUCCCUCAGGGCUUUCUCCCCUAGCAGUGAAAGCUGCUCUCCCAUCCGAAGCCUUUCCCCCAGACGGGAGCUGGCCUCCCACAACCGACACCUCUCGCCUUCCCCCAAGAGAGGACCAUCCCCCAUCAGAGCUCUAUCCCCCCUGAACCCUAUGCGGCCUCAGUCCCCUCUCCGGCCAAUGUCCCCUAGCCAGUAUCGGGUGUUGUGGGCCCGGGCCUCUCCCUCGCCCCUGGGGCUUCAGCAUAGACCUCGAUGCUCACCCAGUCGUUUGCCAUGGGACAUCCCCAGUAUGAUGGCCAGCGAUCGCAGACAGGUGGGUUCAAUGGAGAGGAUAGGAACACCAAGUGAAGGGCAGAUUGGUCCAGAGCCCUGCCUGUCAUUCCCCCCAGCUUUCCGUCUGUCCCCCAGUGACAGCCCUAAAGCCCGGUCCAUGGACCGCAUCUUCAGCCACCUGCCACUGCACUCACAGCAGGCCAGGGUGCCCUACCUGAUGAUCCCCAUUGGGGGCAUUCAGAUGGUGCAGGCUCGUCCCCGCUCCCACCCCACUACCCCCACCUCGGCCUCCUCUCCCCCGAUGGAGGGGCUUCUACUGGGCCGGACCCCCAGUACUCAAGGGCUCAGAACUCCUGAGGACCACUGGUCAGACAGCCAGGAAGUAGUAGGAGCCAGCCAAUCAGGGCUGUGCAUUCCCAGUUUAACCCCACCCAUACGUUCCAAACCCUCCACCUCGCAGCAAGGUAGGAUGGACCCAAGGAUGAUAAACACAAAGCAAUAUGACAGCUCACACAGCUCCUCCCACUCACACAGGUCUGAGGCAGAGACCAGAGAACGAUGGCCCUCACAUGGCCAGGCAGGACCAUCCCCCUAGUCAGCCAGUCCCCCUCCCACACACAGGAUUGGACAGCUGUUUGAGAGGCAGGAGCCACCAGGGUUGGGGUCCAGAGCGACUGGUUCAGAAUUGGUAGAGGGAGGAGCUAAAGGCGGAGACUCAACCAAUCAAGGCCAGAGCACUUAGUCUCCACCCUUUGAUACGUCAUGCGUCCUUUACGCUUUUUGUUGCUACUCUUGUUUUUGGGUUUUGUAUUGCUUUGUUUUUAUACAGUUUUCAAUACAAUUGUUAACUUAAAUGUUAGUUCUGCAAUAUUCAGGUUUGGUAUAAAAUGCACUUUUUACUUUUUGACGAUUUCUUUAAAUCUCUCGAUCUUACCUUCUGUAUCUCUAUUGAUACUGCUAUCUUAAUAUAUAUUUGAAUAUAUGUAAAAUAAAUAUGAAUACAUUUGUAAAUGACCAAAAUCUUUAAUCAACAAUAAAUGCACAUGUUGUUUUGUCUCUUUGUCCAGUAUUACUCAAACUGUAGUUACUUGUGCCUUUUCUGUCUGGGUUUGUGUCUUGAGAUGACGACAAAGAUAAAAGGCUGUGAUAUGCACUCUGUGUUUCCAGGAAGGGUGUUCCUGUGUGGCGUGAUGACUGUUUGUAUCCUUAUUAAAGGGAUAGUUAAGGGUUAGAGGUAGUUUCGCGAGCCAAUGCUAACUAGCUGUACCCGAAGACUUCCAGUCUUUGCACUAAGCUAGUUAGCAUUGGCUUGCGAAACUACAGCACCUCUACCUUCAUUCAUACUGGAUGCAGAGACAUGAAAAUGAAUUGCCAAAACCCCAAACUAUCCCUUUAAGGCCAUUGCAUUGAUGUCAGGGUAUUUUAAAAUAUGGUAUACGGGGUGGUAUAUAGAAGGAACAGUGAGCGCUUUGCAAAGAAAAUGCACUGAAGUCAUCAUAUUUUUUUAUAAAACAAGAUUUGUCAAUGUAAUGCCUAUGAACAGAGAAGUGCUCCAUAUUUAUUAUUUUGUUUAACUAUGAAAGUGAUCCUUGUUUAAGUUCUUUUACUUUGUAAUUUUGGAGGGAAAAAAACAUGUCUGUCUUUUUCAUGUUCUCACAACUUGAAAUGGAGAUGGACAGGAAGGUCUCUUUAAGAUUGGAUAUGGUACAAGGAGGAACAAGUGCCCUAAAGAUUUUCACACACAGCAAAUGUUUUGUCUCUGAACCAAUAAAAAGUGCACCAUACUUCUUUGA